AUGGAUAUUCGAAGAUAUUUCGGUGGCAGUACAGGAAAAAGUGCGCUUACAGAGCUAAGAGCUAGUCAAGGUAGUCCCAAAAGAUCGGAUAAACGACCCCAGGUUACACAAAGGAAGGCAAGUAAGAAUCCAUUGGUGACUGAUGUCGUACUCUCCGAUGCAUCUGAUGAUGAGAAUCCAUUGCCGCGUUCACUACGUAAAGAGUUACACAAAAAACGAGCAAAAAAGAGGAUUCUAUUAUCAUCUGACGAUGACGAUGAUCUGCCACCCUCCGCUUCCCAAGUGCGACCACCUAAAAGAGGUGAAAAAAUUACUUUGAAGAAAGUGGACACCAAAUCAAUGGAAAGUUUGUUGAAGCGCACAGCCGAUGAAGAACUUGAUGAAGGGGAAGACGGAUUUGUUCCGGCACCACCAACAAAAAAGAAACGUAACAGAACGCCACCUGGUCAAGAGAAGUUGGAUUUUGGUCGCCUUAGCACCAUCAAAAAGAAGGAGUCUCCAAAAAAAACAAGGGCGAAUCCUGCCUCUGAAUUGGAAGUGAUUAAUCCGGCUGAAUUCUUCCGCAAUUUCGACAGAAUUUCCACGGAAAAAAAAAGCGCAAAACAAAGUGAUAUUACAACCAAGGAGACAAAUCUGCCCGAGAAAAAUGUUCAAGUAAUAAUUUCACCAGAAGCCUCGCCAAGGAAAUUGAAGCAGGAAAUAGCUUUGGAAAGCAAAAAAGAAAGGAAAGUGGUCGGUUUAAAUGAUGAGAAUUGUAAAUCAUCUCAACCAUCAACAGGAUCAAUUAAAGCGAAAAAAUCACCAAAAACCAUUGCAUCCACUUCUGUUAAAUCAUUAAAAGCAAAAAAAGAUGUUGCUGUUUUGAAAAAAGAAGAAGACCGGAUACAGGAAACGAAAAAACGGAAGGAGGGGCAUGAGACAAGACAAAAGGUCGGAGUAGUAAAUGAUGGUGCCAAUAAAACAAUUACCACUGAUAUUAUCAAAGAAAAAAAAAUAUCAAAAAGCCGAGUGGCUCAGCAAAAAUCGUCGAAAGUGACAAGAAAUUUAAAAGAGGAGACGUCGAAACUUGUUGAGUUGGCUGAGAUUAAAAGUCCUGCUGGAGAAGAAGCGUAUCUACCAUGGGUUGACAAAUACAAACCGACCGGUCUGAAACACUUAGUUGGACAAAACGGGGAAAAAUCGCCUAUGAAUAAAUUAUUGGAUUGGCUGCGAAAUUGGGCAAAGAAUCAUCUCGGUAUGAGUGGCAAGCAGAAAAAGGCGCGACCUCCUCCCUGGUUAGCGCAGAAUGAUGGCACAGCUUUCAAAGCAGUGAUGCUUAGUGGUCCACCUGGUGUCGGUAAAACGACAUGUGCUGUAUUAGCUUGUAAAGAACUUAAACUGCGAUACGUGGAGAAAAAUGCGUCGGAUGUGAGAAAUAAAAAAGCGUUAGAAGCACAAACAUCGGAAGUAAUUGGUUGUGAACAAAUCGACGAUUACAUAAAGGAUUCAGCCACACGUAAAAUGAAUAUAUCUAACGAAAUAACACAUGUGCUGAUUAUGGAUGAAGUAGAUGGCAUGAGUGGAAAUGAUGAUCGAGCAGGGAUUGCUGAAUUAAUACAAAUGAUCAAGGAAACAUUGAUACCAAUAAUUUGUAUAUGUAAUGAUCGGCAAUCACAAAAGAUGCGUUCAUUAAUGAAUUAUUGUUUUGAUGUGCGCUUUCAGCGACCACGCAUUGAACAGAUAAGGGCAAGAUUGCUUACCAUCGCAUGCCAGGAACAUUUGAAAAUUGAGAAGGAAGCAAUUGAUGAAAUUAUUGAAGCCUCGCAGCAUGAUGUUCGUCAGUCAAUUUAUAAUUUGCAACUGUCAAGUUCAGGCGCAAAUGGAGGACAGUUGCAGAGCAAAGAUGCUGCUAUUAAUCCUUUUGAAGCUGCUCGUUGUCUUUUAAACAUCAAUACACAAACAUGGGAGAAACAGCAAAUGUUUUUCGUUGAUCCUUCAAUUAUGCCACUUUUUGUACAGGAAAAUUAUCCAUUUGUACAGAACUCGAAGAUGAGCACUAGUGAACGAUUAUAUGCGUUGAGAAAAGCUGCAAACAGUAUCUCAGAGGGUGAUAUAAUUGAUCGAAUUAUUCGAACAACAGGAGCAUGGACACUGCUUAUUGAACAAGCAUUGUUUUCAUGUGUAGUACCAACUUCGUACAUGAAUGGUUAUAUGAAAGGAGUAAUUAAUUUCCCUUCUUGGUUAGGAAGGAAUUCAACAUUCAACAAACGUCAGAGAUUGUUGCGCCAGCUGACAACUCACACUUAUCUAAGAACAUUUGCUGCCGUAUUCCCUGUGGUACUUGAUUAUGUUCCUGUUCUACGACAGAACUACUGCCGUCCACUGUUGGAUAAAGAGAAUGACGGUGUAAAUGAUGUUAUCAAUCUGUACAAAGAAUACAAUUUGGUCAGAGAUGAUAUCGAAUCAAUUGCUGAAUUGGCUGUUUGGCCGGGUAUGAAGGAUCCAGGAGCUGCUAUUCCAGCUAAGGUCAAAGCAACUCUGACACGAACUUUGAAUAAGGAACAUAUUAUUUUACCUUAUGCGCUGGAUACCUUAAUAAAGGGGCGAAAGAAAUUAGGAGGAAGUCUCGAAGUAGAUGAAGAAGGUAAUUUAGUCGAGCAAAUUGGUGAUGAAAAUGAUUUGGAAGAUUCCAGUGAAGAAAGCAAUAAUGACGAUAAAUUUGCUGGAGUCAUAAAGAAAAAAAGCAGUUCUACCAGUGGGAAUAAAAAAACAAGUAGUGGGAAAGCUUACGGUGUCGGUAACCAUAGAGGACGCGCUAUCCGCGGAUCCACUGGCAGAGGUCGAGCUAAUAAGAAAUGA